AUGUUUGGCGUUGACAAUUUGUGCUGGAUCUCUGCAAAAGCUACGUUAGGAGCAUCAAGACUUGCAGAAUUUUUGAUUCUGCAGACUGGAAUGACAGCAUUUGGGAACGCUUACUACAGAAAGAAAAAUGAUCUUGUGCCAAAUCUUGCUACCAAACUUGAAGCACUCAGAGAUGAGUACAUGCGUUUUGCUGUGGAAAAAUGUUCCUCUAUACUAAGAGAAUACCAUUCUGCUGUAGAGGCAAUCACAGAUAUUCUGCUUGAGAAGGGAGAGAUUAAAGCUGAUGAAAUUUGGAACAUAUAUAGAAGUGCUCCUCGAAUACCCCAGAUGGCCCUUGUUUCUGUCAGAAUGAAAACCCCACCUUUGAUGUGGCAGAGGAGCUCCUGGUUAGGAAAACACCUUUCUUCUUUCACUUCCCUGGGUAAUGCUAGUCCAUGCCAGCGCUGGGAUCUCCAUGAGGCUCAACUACAUGGCAAGGGCGGGUUGGGAGGUCCGGAAACCAUUGGGUUGUCAGUGCCUAAAAAAAGCAGCUUCCAACCCGUUGAAGCACGUUGUGUAGCACCACCCCUCGGCCUCUUUCUACAGUCCAUUACAUCUUCUCUCUUGUAUAUUAGGGUUGCAAAAUUUAUUUCUUUGAGCAACUAG